CCACUCAGUCCAUCCACUCCCACCUCCAGAGUCCAAGGGUCUAUGUGGUGGACAGUUUGAGCUGGCUGGAUACUAGAGGCAGGCUGCACCUGAAGCAUUUGGUGGAUGAGCAGCAUGGGCUUUGAGGAGCUGCUGGAGCAGGUGGGCGGCUUUGGGCCCUUCCAACUGCGGAAUGUGGCACUGCUGGCCCUGCCCCGAGUGCUGCUACCACUGCACUUCCUCCUGCCCAUCUUCCUGGCUGCCGUGCCUGCCCACCGAUGUGCCCUGCCGGGUGCCCCUGCCAACUUCAGCCAUCAAGAUGUGUGGCUGAAGGCCCAUCUUCCCCGGGAGCCUGAUGGCACGCUCAGCUCCUGCCUCCGCUUUGCCUACCCCCAGGCUCUCCCCAACAUCACGUUGGGGGAAGAAAGGCAGAGCCAUGGGGAGCUGGAGGAUGAACCUGCCACAGUGCCCUGCUCUCAGGGCUGGGAGUACGACCACUCAGAGUUCUCCUCUACCAUUGCAACUGAGUGGGAUCUGGUGUGUGAGCAGAAAGGUCUGAACAGAGCUGCGUCCACUUUCUUCUUCGCCGGUGUGCUGGUGGGGGCUGUGGCCUUUGGAUAUCUGUCCGACAGGUUUGGGCGGCGGCGUCUGCUGCUGGUAGCCUACGUGAGUACCCUGGUGCUGGGCCUGGCAUCUGCAGCCUCCGUCAGCUAUGUAAUGUUCGCCAUCACCCGCACCCUUACUGGCUCAGCCCUGGCUGGUUUUACCAUCAUCGUGAUGCCACUGGAGCUGGAGUGGCUGGAUGUGGAGCACCGCACCGUGGCUGGAGUCCUGAGCAGCACCUUCUGGACAGGGGGCGUGAUGCUGCUGGCACUGGUUGGGUACCUGAUACGGGACUGGCGAUGGCUUCUGCUAGCUGUCACCCUGCCUUGUGCCCCAGGCAUCCUCAGCCUCUGGUGGGUGCCUGAGUCUGCACGCUGGCUUCUGACCCAAGGCCAUGUGAAAGAGGCCCACAGGUACUUGCUCCACUGUGCCAGGAUCAAUGGGCGGCCAGUGUGUGAGGACAGCUUCAGCCAGGAGGCUGUGAGCAAAGUGGCCGCCGGGGAACGGGUGGUCCGAAGACCUUCAUACCUAGACCUGUUCCGCACACCACGGCUCCGACACAUCUCACUGUGCUGCGUGGUGGUGUGGUUCGGAGUGAACUUCUCCUAUUACGGCCUGAGUCUGGAUGUGUCGGGGCUGGGGCUGAACGUGUACCAGACGCAGCUGUUGUUCGGGGCUGUGGAACUGCCCUCCAAGCUGCUGGUCUACUUGUCGGUGCGCUACGCAGGGCGCCGCCUCACGCAAGCCGGGACACUGCUGGGCACGGCCCUGGCGUUCGGCACUAGACUGCUAGUGUCCUCCGAUAUGAAGUCCUGGAGCACUGUCCUGGCAGUGAUGGGGAAAGCUUUUUCUGAAGCUGCCUUCACCACUGCCUACCUGUUCACUUCAGAGUUGUACCCUACAGUGCUCAGACAGACAGGGAUGGGGCUGACUGCACUGGUGGGCCGGCUGGGGGGCUCUUUGGCCCCACUGGCGGCCUUGCUGGAUGGAGUGUGGCUGUCACUGCCCAAGCUUACUUAUGGGGGGAUCGCCCUGCUGGCUGCCGGCACCGCCCUCCUGCUGCCAGAGACGAGGCAGGCACAGCUGCCAGAGACCAUCCAGGACGUGGAGAGAAAGAGUGCCCCAACCAGUCUUCAGGAGGAAGAGAUGCCCAUGAAGCAGGUCCAGAACUAAGUGGGAGUGGAGGCAGGCCCUCCACAGAAGCUCUGCAGCAGGGGCUGGGAGAGCAGAAGGGCAGGCCCUGCAACUCAGGCUGGGAGUAUCGAACCCUCUGCCUAGGGCCGGAGUUGCUGCCAGUACCCGCUCCCUCUGCUCAUCCAUCCUUGAUUAUUUGGCUUCUAGGAACAGUUGACUUCCCAGAAUGCAGUGGGCUGCUGGGCACCCCUCUCACAGUUGGGGAGGAUUCUGUAAAUAAAGGUGCCCCUUGGGUUGGGGCAGUGGUGACGAGCUGUGGGAAGAGCCCUGGAUAGGAAGCCACUGAGUCUGCCCUGGGCUCUGAUAAAACCUUCACCAUUAACUUGCUGUGUGACCUUGGGCAUGUGGCUUUCCCUCUCUGGGCCUCAGUCUGCUCAUCUCCCAAAUGGAUAAUGAAGCCUCUUGGGAGGCCCUACCAUAGGAUCUGUUGCCAUGCUCAAAUGAGUUACUGAAUAAGGUGCUUCUGCUUCUUCUAGAGAUGGUGCUAAAGAAAGGACUAGCAUAUGAGACUUCUGGUACCAAUGGGGCUGGUGGGCAUGCUGUCCACUGUGUGGUGCUAGGACUGCCAAUGCCAGGCCCAAGGGACAAAAAGAACAGAGCUUUUUGUUCUCAUGGCUGGCCCUGCUACCUCCGAGGCACCCUGCAGG